AAUCCUUUUAUCACCCAGGUUUGACCUGCUGGACUUACUCGCACGCGACACGUCCAAGUCUUCACAUAUAUAUACCUACACCAUCGGGCAGGCUCCCACUUUUUGCCCUCGACGACUCCCCACUGCCGCUCCACCUCCAAUCCAACCACAGCACAUCCGCCAUCAUGGUCAACAAGAUCCUGUUCUGGUCAGGCUUCGGCCUCGCCGUAAGAUUCUGGCAACUCGGAAUCGAGAUGCGCCCCUUCUUCCAGCGCGAAAACUGGCUUAUCUACCCCAUCUAUGGAGGUCUCGGAGCAUCAUUCGGAUACUGGCUGCAAGGCGUGGACGACAAGCAAAUGCGAUAUUUGGGCGACGCGAGACAGAGACUGAUCGAGAAGCGAAAGCGGCGAGCGGAGCGAGAAGGACAAAACCUGGGCUCCGACUUUCAAAAGCACCAAGCUGGCUCGGUCGCAACAACGGAACAACGUGGAGCUGCGGCAUAAGACAGUCCGUCUCUCGGCGGGCAUGUGACUCCAUAAUGGGGAGAGCAGGUUGGCGUAUGAGUGUUAUAUGACUUCAAGCAGUACAGAAGGAGGCACCGAAAAGGGCGGAGCGUUCGCAUUGCUGUGGGCCGUCAAGCAUGAUGACUGCAGCAUAUCCCUCGCUUCUAUGAUAUUCAUGAGUGAGGUGUAAUGGCAAGGCAGUCUUGAAGAAAUGGUGGCAUUGCCGUGAAAGAUGAUGCCUUCUUGAAACUGUACUGUACACACCUAGGUAGUAUACUGCCACGAACGGCCACACCUAGCGGUGGCUUACUCGCAAACGGCAACUCCGUUUCACUUCAGAAC